AGAACUUCGCCAAGCAUAUGCGCGUGUGAAGGGUUGGUUGCACGGGCCCCGCUCGCACAUCAUGCUUGGUAUAGCUUCCCGCCAACAUAUUACUAUGUGUGAGCUGCAUGGCUCGUCGCACCGUCUUUAUUACCACCUCGCUUGGCGCAGUGUCUUCAAACAUACCCUUCUGGACAACUUAGUUGCGCGCGGGAGAAUGUCGGACAACAUGAGCUCCGCUGGCGGCCGCGUUGGCUCUCUGCGACGCUCCAUGGUCGUGCUCCAGCUUCUGUUUGCGCUAUUCGUCUUCCUGCUUCUGGCGUCGCCGAGCUCAGCAGUCAGGGAGCACGACUUCAAGAAGUGCGCCGACUCCUCCUUUUGCCGGCGCAUCCGGCGCCUCUCCUCAUUGCCCGAACACGCCAGCCCUUAUGCCCUUUCCUCGCAGCCGCUUUACCAUCCCGAAGACAGCACGGUCACUGCGAGGGUCUUCAAUGCGCUGCACACCAACAUCAGCUUCGACCUGCAGCUCGACAUUCUCGAAGAUGGAAGCACGAGAGUGAGACUCGACGAGGUGGGACAGACGUACAAUGAUUUAAGGAGAUACGACCAAGCACAUCAGUAUGCUAUCGAGAACAAACCAAGACCAGCUGCUGCAGACAGCGUUUCCUUUGAGCAGACGGACAUGCACACACGAAUCAAGUAUGGCCCGGAGACAGAGUACCUGAUCGAUCUGACUCACGUGCCUCUCAAACUGAGCUUCUUUAGGCACGGAGUGGAGCAGGUGGUGCUGAACGGGCGCGGUCUUUUGCACAUGGAGCACUUCAGGGCCAAACCUGAUCCUUUCCCAACUCCCCAGGUGGAAGCUGCCAAAGAAGGAGCGGAAACCAGCGAGGAAGAGCAGGCAGCAGAAACUGAGCCCGAGAGCCAGCUCAUUCUGCAGCGAAAGCGCGAUCUGAUCCAGGCUGGACAUUCGCAGACGAACGCGGAUGUUUGGAGCGGCUUGGAACAAGAGGACUCGGGAGAGUGGGAAGAAUCUUGGCAGGGCAAGCCAGACUCGAAGCCAAGAGGUCCUGAAGCUCUCUCCUUGGACAUUGCCUUUCCCAAGAAGCCUUUUGCGUUCGGCUUGCCAGAGCAUGCCAGCCCUUUGAACCUCAAAAACACGAGAGGAGAGGCGGACGAAGACUUUACCGAUCCGUACCGGCUCAUGAACACCGAUGUAUUCGAGUAUGAUUACGACUCGCCCAUGAGUCUGUACGGAAGCGUGCCAGUGCUUCACGCUCAGGGAAAUGAGCAGCAAGGUGCCGCAUCGGUCUUCUGGCUCAAUGGCGCAGAGACGUGGAUCGACAUUUCUCGCAGCGGCAAAGCCGGCCCGGAACAAACGCUGGACACGCACUUCUUUUCCGAGUCUGGAGUGCUCGACCUUUUCGUUUAUCUUCAUCAGGACCCGGCAGACAACAUCAAGGCCUUCUCGAAACUGGUAGGGCGGACCGCAUUGCCGCAGUACUUUGCGAUGGGAUAUCACCAGAGUAGGUGGAAUUAUCUCACUACUCAAGACGUUCUUGACGUUUCGAAAGAGUUCAGCGAUCAAGAUAUUCCCAUGGAUGUCAUGUGGCUUGACAUUGAGUACAGCAAAGACCACAUGUACAUGAUCUGGGACGACCUCAACUUCCCAGACCCAGAGCGAAUGAUCUCGGGUCUCGAUGCAGAAGGGCGAAAGCUCGUGAUCAUCGUGGAUCCGCAUUUCAAGCGCACGAAUGACUACUACGUCUAUAAGGAGUCAAAGGCACUCGACAUCCUGGUCAAGACGCCCGACGGCAAAGGAGAGUAUGAGGGCUGGUGCUGGUCUGGUUCAGCUUCGUGGAUCGAUGCCUUUAACCCCAAGUCCUGGGACUGGUGGAGCGGUCUUUUCCGCCUGAAGCUCAAGAAGCUGAGGGCGAAUGCUCGGAACGUACACAUUUGGAACGACAUGCAAGAGCCGGCAAUCUUCAAUGGACCUGAAAUCACAUCACCUAAGGAUGUGAUCCACCACGGAGGUUGGGAGCACAGGCAUUUGCACAACAUCAACGGAGUGCUUUUCCAGAACAUCACGGCCAAGGCUUUGAUCGAGAGGGAGGAUCCACCUAGAAGACCUUUUGUGUUGGCAAGGAGCUGGUGGGUGGGCACUCAAAAGUAUGGCGCGACCUGGACUGGAGACAAUCUCGGUACUUGGGAGCAUCUGGCCGUUAGCGUGCCUAUGAUCCUCGCGAACAAUGUGGGCGGCAUGAGCUUCACUGGAGCCGAUAUCGGAGGCUUCUUUGGGAACCCCGAAGCGGACAUGUUGGUGCGGUGGUACCAAGCUGGCAUCUUUGAGCCCUUCUUCCGAGCGCACGCGCACAUCGAUACGAAGCGCAGGGAGCCUUUCUUGCUGGCGGAGCCUGAGAGGUCGCACGUCAGGGAUCUGAUCAAGCUGAGGUACAAGAUGCUGCCCAUUUGGUACACUGCUUUCAAGGAGAACAAAGCUACCGGACUUCCUUUGCUGAGACCGCAAUUCUUGAUGUUCCCUCAAGAUGUCAAUGGUGCGGGUAUUGGAGACCAGUAUUAUCUUGCGGACAGCGGCCUCCUCGUCAAGCCGGCCGUCACCAAGGAUGCGACCAGUGUGGACGUCUAUCUCGGCGAAGACGAGGUAUACUACAACUACUUUACCCGCGAUGUUUAUCACGGCUCGGCGAGCGGUAAGACGGCCAGCGUACCCGCACCCCUCAACGAGCAACUGCCCCUUCUUCAACGAGGCGGAUCGAUCUUGCCUCUUCGGGAACGAGUCAGACGCUCAGCUGAGCUGGGCUGGAGAGAUCCAUUAACGCUCGUCGUUGCGCUCAACAACGGCAAAGCGUCCAAAGACAAACUCCGGGCAACCGGCAACCUGUACUUGGACGAUGGACAGACUUACGACCAUGAGCAAGGAUCUUUCGUCUGGCGCCGAUUCAGCGCCAUGAAGAACACGGAACGAGCUGGAUUUGUUCUGAGGAGUGUGGAUGAAGCGGCUCUAAGAGCCUCCACCGCAUCUUCGACCGACACGUUGCAAAUCCCAGCAAAUUACUCGCCUAGCGAAAACGCCUUCGCCAAGUCGAUUGAGGAUGUGAGGGUGGAGAAGAUCAUUGUGAUUGGCCUGGAAAAGAAACCGAGCAAGAUUUUGAAGCAGAAUGGCAGCGAGGUCCGAUUCGUUUGGAACGCUGGAACUGCCGCUACCGCUUCGGCAUCUAAAUUGCCAGGCGUCGCCCCGGGCAAAGCAAGCGAGCUGAUCAUCAAGGACCCGGCCCUUCUUAUUAUCACAGACUGGCAGCUCGAGAUCGUGGCGUAGAUGUCGGGGAGGGAGGGACAGCCGACCAUGGCGCUGCUGAAGGACACUGAUGAAUCGCAAACUUCGCUGCACGAAGGGAAUGUCAUACUUUGAACCUGGGC